AUGCUGCAUGAUGGCUCCAUCGCGGCUGAUCGACGGCCCCGUCUCGCGGUGACGGCCCGGUUCGCGCUCUCCGUUAAUUCGAUACAAGAUUCGCCCCCGAGUGUGAAAGAAUGGAACGGAUCAGUGGCUUCGGACAGGGGGGAGGGGGGUGCGUGCACGACAAUUUUUAACCGACGAAAUCCACCGUUCCACAGCCCAAGAAUCGCCGGCCCGCCGAUAGGGUACGGGGCGAGACAAAAAAAUGAAAUCGAGCCGUUAAAAUUCACCCAGGCUCCCGCCGAAGCGACCACGGGGAAGACUGGGGGUAAAGAACUAUUUCGCCAGUUGGCGAAGGCUAAAGAGCAGACAAUUGCGCAGAGCGAUCACAAAUUGCACGUCAAUCCAAUAUGCGGCGGCGCGCUACCCGGCCGCUCUGCCUCCACCGCUCCGGGCCAGUACGAACCGGAU